ACAAUUACUCUUUAUUAGGGUCCUGCCUUCAUCCGGGCGAAAACAAUAACGUUAAGUUUAAUUCUAGCCUCCUAAGUAAUAAUAACGAUAACUACAAGUCUGUGAUAUUGCUCAGCUCAACCAAUAACCAUUAUUUCCUCCGCGUCGAAAUGGACGGUGGUGCGGUCGCAAUGAGACUAAGAGCCCAUUGGAAUUAUAACCCAUUAACGAUGAACUCUUCUUUCGACGGUUUAUUGUUACAAAAACGAUUGCUUUCUGCGCCGCAGAUCGAACACCUUAGAAUUAUGAAAAUGUUCUUGACGAAUAAUCAAAUUGCUUCGAGCAAGCAUUCCUCGAUAGCAUGCAUCUUCGGAAUUAUUAAGAUACCACAGGAGUUUGUGUCGAACUAUUUUAAAGACGCCUGGAGAGAAUCUUGUGUGACACGUAUAUCAUUAAUCGCAGUUAGUCUGAAGAAUGUGAAUUCUCCGACGUACAAGUUAUCAAAAAUGUUUGCAGACCAUACUCCUUCAACCGAAAUUCAACCGGAAAUUCUGAAAUUUCUAUCCACAUAUCUAUUUUUGAAAGACGAAUCUCGCCUUCCGUUUAACGUAGAAACGAUAAAGAUAUUACUGACGCUUACUAUAAAGGGCAUACAGACACCUAAGAAACACGUUAAAGAACUAAAUCUCCUCUCAUUCGAACUACUCGGAAGGUCAUUACGUAUCCUUGACAAGAUUUUGUUGAGAAGUACUGUUUCAAAAGCGAACACUUCGUCCACAAUGAUCGAAUUUUUUCUCAUGGAAAUCAACGCUAUGAAGAAGAAGGAGGAGAAGGAGAAGAAGGGGAAUGAAGAAGAGGAACAAGAGGAAGACGAGGAAAAAGAAGAAGAGAAGCAGCAAAAGAGGAAGGAAAUGUUGCAAAAUAUUAUGACGAUCAAUAUCGAUAUAUCGUUUAUAAACAAUAAUAUUGCAUUAGCAAGCAUUGAAGAAAUCUGUAAAGAAAUAUCAAAGUCGCCUUUAAAUUUCGUAAUACUAAAGAAAGUUAAAAUAAGUGAUAGAUCGUCGAACGAAGAAUCAGAUUUGAUAACUACGAAAGGAGAUAAUGUGGCCACCAGUUCUUCCAUUACGCUUAUCGUUCCCGGAAACGAGCUAACUGACCAGCCUCCGCGACCUCUCCCGUUGAGAAACGCGCUGAACCGCGCACAAUCCUCUCCUCCAUGGCUCGACCUGGUCGCGAGCGAGCUGACGCAACGUGCAUGUGUUCCACUCUCGUUAGAUCGUAAGCUUUAUGUGGUUAAACUUAGCUGUAAGGUGAUUUGCGACUUUAGUAUUAUGUGGAAGGGGAUACCGAGCCACGAGACUAGCUACAAAACGACGCAUCCCAAUGUCCAACUCUUGAGUAUUUCUUCGAUGGUGAAAAACUGGAAGAAAUUGGCCUUUAACGUACAACAUUGUAUGACUGUGAACGAAGCGAAGCGAAACAUUGAAACGGAUUAUCGAACUGUCGUUUAUUAUAAUACUAAAAUAAUCGUGAUUUCUCAAAGGAAUUCGUUGAUGGGUGCUAUGGCAAUCCAUCGUACAAUUUGGAACCCAAAGAAUGCAAAUUUCUGUACUCUCUUCUCUAAAAUGCUCACAGCUGGAAGAGACGUGAGUUCGACCUCGACGGAUCAAAAUUCGACGUUUUUAUUGACUGCGGAGACUUUGAUGAAGAAGCGAGUCAACAGGAUGUCCACAUCUGGCAGAAACCUUACAGGCAAUGCCGAGUCUGUGUUCCUGUUGAUGAACAAAUUUAGAAGAAUGUAUCCGAUACUUACGACCUCGAAGAAAGAAUAUCCAAAUGCUUGGUCUAUGAUAAGAACCUCAGAAACAAUGACUUUCGACUUGACGAGGGAAACAAUGGUAGAGAUGUUGUCCUGGGGAAUUAACGGUAUUAGUGACGUGGCAACAAUUACUGUUGGUGCUCUUUUAUUUCAGGAUAAUGUUAAGUCUAACGAGCCUACGGGCGCUUAUUUCGUGAACUAUAGGUACUCGGUGCCGUAUAUGCGUGUUGGCACCGAGUUUGUUAAGUCUCUUUCUAAGUCUACUAUAGGGGAUAGAUUUAGUGUUAAGGGGGAGAACCAAGCCGAGUUCGCUCUCUACAUUCCUACUACGACUACCUGCAAGCCUACGAUGACGCUUAAACGCCAAUCUGCAUCCCGAUUAAUCGGUGUACCUGGAUCUCGGCCGAACUACUUCAAAACAUUAUGGCCCGACCAAAUGCAUACUCCUCACGAUUUUUAUGACAGUCUACUGAACUGUAGAACGGGAUAUCGCAAUGAUUCUCUUCCAGAGGGUGAACACGAAGAAUAUUCUUCAGGAUGUUUCGACUGCUUUAACGAACAAACCCUGCGUGAAGACGCAAACAAAUCUGUUGCCGAUACUAAUCAAGUAAGAACGAUCAAAUCUCUAACUGCUAUCUAUUCGAAAGAUGAUCAUUAUCACAAAAUGAUAAGGGUAUUCCGUUUUCGUGGACCUGAGAAAACUACUAAUUGCCAAGAUACGACGCGCAAGUCAAUAGAAAGAAAUGUUUCUAUUUGUUCAUCGUGCUCUAGUUCACUGAAACGAACCAAACAAGGAUAUCAAGCUUUUACCGACGCGGUGAUGACGAUGAAUAACAUUUCUUUAGCGAAUUUCUGUGAUUUAUAUCUAUUUAAAGAGAUGUACAAACUACGCAAACCUAUCGGAUUUAACACUGCGGAGAAUAGUUUUCCGAGAUAUCCGAUGCAUUCUGAUCACCAUGCUUUAAUCAAUUUGACCUUCCAAACUGCCCAAUUCGUUGACAAUGAAGAUUCUCGUGACAAUUAUCGGAAACUGACGAAGAUGAAUGCCAUUGUAGUAAACCGAUACGGUGAUUCUGAGAAUUCUGAUAGAUGUCGGGACUGUUUUCAGAAUAGCCGAGAUUCUGUCGAGAGUCCAAUAAUUUCGGCUCAAUCGGAAGAGGAAAUCAUGUAUACGCAGAACUCGGUUCCUAAUCGUUUCGAAAGCGAAGGAACAUUUACAAACAGCUCAAACCGAAAUCAUCUUAUUGAUCGUGCAAGGAAUCUCAUAGCAGCAUUCGCAGGAGCCUCUAAUGAUGCUUUACUGCAGGCUCGCAAAAAUGAUCUUAAGCGUGUAUUGACUCUCCUGUUUGGACCAGUUUACGAUGUGGGAGAGCCUAAUUUAGGAUAUAAAAAGCGAUGGGGCAUUUCCAGCAUUCUUAGAUUAGCUGGCGGCGGUGAAAGUUCAUUGAACAACGGUGGAUCUGCAAGUUGGGGAUCUACACAGGCUAGCACUACAAAUAACAAUAAUAGCAAUCAAUCUGCAUGGGGAGGGACGUCAGGAAACCCUUCCGGGAAUGGUGGCAAUUCUGGAAAUUGGUCUGGAAGUAAUGUGAACAGAUCUGUCAGCGGCAAUCCCAAUUCGAAUCAGAAUACGGUGCCACUCGGUGGGCAAAACGUUCCAGGUAAUGUGAACAAGAUGAAUAAUCCGAAUCAGCAAUCAAAUCAGCAAUCUGGUCCACCUACUUCUCAAUCAAGCGGCACAAAUCAGGGUGGUCAAAACAAUAAUCAGUGGUCGCAAGGGAUGUCCAACAAUCCUGGAGGACCUGGCCAAAAUCCUUCUAUUCCAAAUAAUAAUAAUACAGUCCAGCAGCAACAGCAACAACAGCAACAGUCAAACUCCAAUAGCAAUAAUAAUCAACCAAAUAAUCAGGGUCAGGGAUCCGUUAACAGUAGUAAUACCCCUGCUAGCAAUAAUCCUUCGACGAAACAGCAAUUGGAGCAGUUGAACACAAUGAGGGAAGCGUUAUUUAGUCAAGAUGGUUGGGGCCGUCAACACGUUAAUCAAGAUACAAACUGGGACGUUCCAACUACUCCAGAGCCUAAUUCCUCUAAAGAUGGAGUUCCAGUGUGGAAACCACCAGUAAAUACCGGUACAGACUUAUGGGAAGCUAAUAUUAGAAAUGGCGGUCAACCACCAUCUCAACAACAACCAAAAACUCCUUGGGGUCAUACUCCAGCAACAAAUAUUGGCGGGACUUGGGGUGAAGAUGAUGAAGCUACCGAUUCAUCAAAUAUGUGGACUGGGGCUCCUACAUCUUCUCAGCCGAACACUGCUGCUGGCCAAUGGACAACGGGCACCGGUAAUCAAGCCGGUAUGUGGGGAGGAUCCAAUUGGGGAGACCCAAGAAUCGACCAUCGAGAUCCCCGAGAUCUACGUUCCGUUGAUCCCCGAGAGAUACGAGAUCCCCGUGAUCACAGAAUGUCUUUGGACCCUCAAGAACAUAUACGUGCAAUACAUCCAAUGGCUCGGGAUCCUAGGAUGGCAGACAUGCGAGGAGAUCCACGAGGUAUUUCUGGGAGAUUAAAUGGCACAAAUGCGGAUACUAUGUGGGGUCAACCUCCAGGACCUCCGCACCACCAAAUGGGACAUCAACACCCUUCUGGCCCUCCAACAAAAAUGUUGAAUCCCUCCAGUAUAAAUCAGUGGGCUGCUCCGCCACCAAAAGAUAUUAUGCCGGGCAAACCAUCAGGUUGGGAAGAACCUUCUCCGCCGACGCAAAGGAGGAACGUUCCGAAUUAUGACGAUGGCACCAGUUUAUGGGGUAAUGCUGCAACUAAUCAAAGGGCUAUCCCUGGAAGUAAAGUUGCUCAUUGGAAGGAUCUUCCAACGCCAAAUGUUGCGAGAGGAGGUACGCAGUGCCCUCCAGGCAUGCCACAAAACCGAAUGCCAGGUCAGCCUGGAAUGAAACCAGAUGUAAGUGGACCAAUGUGGGGUCACCCUGGUGCCCCUGGUGGACGAAAUGGUAGCUGGACAGAAGGACCACACGAUGCAGGUUCAUGGGAUGACCCAAAGACACCGAGUACUUGGAAUGAAGCACAGUUGAACCCUGGUACUUGGGGUGGACCUAGUGCGCACAAACCCAAACCGAUGGGACCUACUGGAAGCUGGGGUGAUACUGAUAUGGAUCAUUCUCCUAGUUGGGGUCAUCCUACAAAACCUAUUCUUACGAAGGAAGUCAUAUGGAGUAGUAGAGAAUUCCGAUAUCUCUGCGAUUUAGGCUUUAAAAAAGAUGAUGUUGAAUUAGCAUUGAGGAAUCGCGAAAUGAAUAGAGACGAAGCUUUGGAACUUCUGAGUCAGGUGCGGCCGUUAGAUCAGUGGAGAAGACAUGACGCACACUCCACUUAUGAUCCAAGCAAUCAAGCUACAACUGCACCAGCAUAUCCUAGAUUUAAUCACGUCGCACAACAGAUGUCUUUCCCGCCGGGUGCUGGUGUGGCAAGUGGAAACACAACUGGUAGUGUAGGAGGGUCGGUUGCUAGUGCAAGUUUGUUGAAAUUACAACAACAGCAACAACAAGCUGCUGUUCCUUUACAACAACAACAACCUAGUGGUAAUGCACCUCAACCACCUUUCAAUCAGCCUUCUAGAACUCCUCAGAAUCAACCGAGUACUCAACAGCUGCGUAUGUUAGUGCAACAAAUUCAGUUAGCCGUCCAGGAAGGUUACUUAAACCAUCAAAUUCUAAAUCAACCUCUUGCACCUCAAACUUUAAUACUUUUGAACCAAUUAUUGCAACAAAUCAAAGUUCUGCAGCAACUUCAUCAGCAGCAUUCGGUACAGAGUACUAUGAAGGGUAACGGCCAAUCAGUUCUUCAGAUCAGUGUACAAAUAACUAAAACCAAACAGCAAAUAGCAAAUCUUCAAAAUCAAAUUGCUGUGCAACAAGCUACUUAUAUGAAGCAGCAGCAACAACAGCAACAGCAGCAGCAACAGCAGCAGCAGCAACAGCAGCAGCAACAACAACAACAACAUCCUGCUCCACCAUCUCAGAGUUCGGAAUACUACAAGAGUUCUGUACAUGACCCUAUGUCAGCUUUACAAAACAGUUUCACAGAAUUAACAAUGAACAAGGAGCCUCCUAUCAGUCAACAACAGUCAAGACUGAACCAGUGGAAGUUACCUUCAUUGGACAAGGAUGGGGAGUUAGUUUCGAAUGAAUUCUCAAGAGCACCUGGAACUACCAGUAAGCCAGCAGUUUCAUCGGCUGGUUUGACACAAUCACACAGUAGUCCUAACAUGAAUCCUUUGUUGGGUCAAGGAGAUGGUACAUGGUCCACCAGGCUCGGAGAGAGCGGAUGGCCCGAUCCAGGUAAUACGGACUCUACCGAUGGAAAGGAUUGGCAACCAACUGGUGCAGCUACAUUCACUGACCUUGUACCUGAGUUUGAGCCCGGCAAACCAUGGAAGAUGAAGAGCAUCGAGGAUGAUCCAAGUAUUACUCCCGGUUCUGUAGUCCGUUCACCUCUGUCCUUGGCUACAAUCAAAGAUCCAGAUGCUAUAUUCAAUUUAAGUAGCAAGACAUCACCACCGCCACCGCAACAACCUACUAACCUUGAUACAUCAAUACCAAGUUUGAGCAACUCUACAUGGACGUUUAAUCCGCCAGCUACUACCCCUAGUGCAUUUACCAGUUCUAAAAAUACUUGGGGUGAGUCUGCACCACCGCCAACUGCGGUCACUUCAGAACUGUGGGGUGCGCCGAUUAGCAAAGUUCGUGGUCCUCCUCCUGGUCUAAGCACCAAAGCUGCAGGAAAUACAAGCAACGGUUGGACAGGCCUUGGAACUGUUGGUAGAUCAUCCAGCUCUUGGGGCCUUCAAUCGAGCGCAAACGCUGGCUGGGUGUCCACUUGGUUAUUACUGAAGAAUCUAACGCCUCAAAUUGAUGGUUCAACCUUGAAAACUCUUUGUAUGCAACACGGCCCUGUUUUGGACUUCCGAUUAUUCCUUAAUCAUGGAAUUGCAUUAACCAAGUACUCCACAAGAGAUGAAGCCGUUAAGGCACAAGGAGCUCUGAACAAUUGCGUCCUGGGCAACACAACUAUAUUCGCAGAAUACCCCGCUGAUAGCGAGGUACAUACAUUGCUGCAACAAUUGGGUCAUGGUGGUCAGCAGCAAGCUGGAGCAACAGCAGGUGCCGGCUGGGGCUUGCGACCUUCGAAUAAAAGCGGUCCCCCUCCUGAUACUUGGGGCGGCAGUUCCAGUCAACUAUGGGGUGCUCCGCCAAGCAGUAACUCCCUCUGGAGCAACACUAGCAUCGACAACAACGAUCAACAACGUGCUACGCCCAGUUCUCUGAACUCGUACUUACCCGGAGACCUUCUGGGAGGUGAGUCGAUGUAGACUGCCGCACGGAAAAGCGAUAUCACUCGUGCGACGACCAAGCCUUCUUCUUCACGAUACGUCAAUUAUAUUGCGCAUUGUCAGACGGGUCAGUUCUCUUGAAUUAGUUAGUUAAAUUACCGCCGCGUAUACGCGUGCACCCUAACCCUUCGCGUGAUUCCGUCAUCAAUAAGGGAUCCGAUUUGAUUUUUUCUCAGUAGAAGUUUGAAAUCGGAAUCUAUGAGAGAAGAGGUGUGUUAUGAAUUUUAAGGCUUUCGGUGUGCGCCGUGUUUUCUCGAUGGUUUGAGAUAGUAAUAUCAAUUACAAUUAAUAAUCCGCGUAAAUACUGUUAUUAUUACGCGUACUUUGUGAUGACCGCGUACUAUGCCGUUUAAAACCUUAAAUUAGUAUUAUCGUUAUGUCUCUUAUGUUAUAAACUUCGGUGUUUUGGUAUUCUAAGAUAAUACUAAUUUUAUCCAACGUAUGCGCAUAUGAACAUGCGAAAUGCGCCUCAUUUUUGAUAGGCAUG